AAGGCUCAGGGGCCGCCCGUUCGGCCCCAGACCGGCCAGGCCACCACGCACUUGGCCCCGGACGAGGGUACUCUCAGGACUGCGGGGACCUAGGACUAGCCACGCCCGAUCCUCCAAGCGGCGGCGGCGGCUGUUGUCAAGGGAGGGGACGCGCUGGGAAGCGCGACCCGAGCGGCGGACAGCACCGAGCGCGACCGGCCAGGGGCGCCCCCUCCCCGAGAUCCUCCCCCGCGCCGCGUCUCGGUCGCGCCCGCCGCCCUUUAAAGGAGCCGCGAGUGCAGUCCCCACCCCCGGAAGGUGUCCCGAGGAGCCGACGCGACCCCGUAGCGCCGUUCGGAUUUGGAUUCUAAAUUCGUCCCCCACCGCCGGGACGGUCUCGAAGCGGACGCGCGCUGCCCCCGGACCCCCAGCGCGCCGCGGACCCGGGCUCUGGGCAGCCCCCGCCCCUGCCCCAGGGCUUGGCGAGGAUUGGCGGCGCCCCGCGGACCCCAGGCCCCAGCGCGCGCGGGGGAUGGAGCCGCAGCCCGGCGGCGCCCGGAGCUGCCGGCGCGGGGCCCCCGGCGGCGCCUGCGAGCUGGGCUCGGCGGCCGAGGCGGCGCCCCUGAGCCUGGCUAUCCACAGCACGACCGGCACCCGCUACGACCUGUCGGUACCGCCCGACGAGACGGUGGAGGGGCUCCGCAGGCGGCUGUCCCAGCGCCUCAAAGUGCCCAAGGAGCGCCUGGCACUGCUCCACAAAGACACCCGGCUCAGUUCGGGGAAGCUGCAGGAGCUCGGCGUGGGUGAUGGCAGCAAGCUGACCUUGGUGCCCACUGUGGAAGCCGGCCUGAUGUCUCAGGCCUCACGGCCGGAGCAGUCUGUGAUGCAAGCCCUAGAGAGUUUGACUGAGACCCAGCCCCCAGCGGCGCCCGGGCCGGGCCGGGCUGGCGGAGGAGGCUUCCGGAAAUACAGAUUCAUUUUAUUUAAGCGUCCGUGGCACCGACAGGGACCCCAGAGCCCAGAGAGGGGCGGCGAGAGGCCCCAGGUCAGUGACUUCCUGUCGGGCCGAUCGCCAUUGACACUGGCGCUUCGAGUGGGUGACCACAUGAUGUUCGUCCAGCUGCAGCUAGCUGCCCAGCACGCCCCACUGCAACACCGCCAUGUGUUGGCCGCUGCAGCCGCCGCGGCUGCUGCUGCCCGAGGGGACCCCAGCAUAACUACCCCUGUGGCCUCUCCCUGCCGGCCAGUAUCCAGUGCCGCCCGCGUCCCUCCGGUGUCUAGCAGCCCGUCCCCCUCAUCCCCCUCCCCUGUCACAGCCGGCUCCUUCCGAUCCCACACAGCGUCCCCCACCUGCCCUGAGCAGAUGGACUGCUCCCCACCUGCCAGCAGCAGUGUCAGCCCUGGUGCCAACGCCUCGUCCACCCCAGGGGGCAGCCCAACCCCCCGCUCCCGAAAACCCGGUGCCGUCAUCGAGAGCUUUGUGAACCAUGCCCCAGGGGUCUUCUCAGGGACCUUCUCUGGCACGCUGCACCCCAACUGCCAGGACAGCAGCGGGCGGCCGAGGCGGGACAUUGGCACUAUCCUGCAGAUCCUCAAUGACCUCCUGAGCGCCACGAGGCACUACCAGGGCAUGCCCCCCUCGCUGACCCAGCUACGCUGCCAUGCCCAGUGCGCAGCGGCCCCUGACCUCGCCCCCAAAACUACCUCCUGCGAGAAGCUGGCGGCGCCCCCAGCCUCCCUGCUCCAGGGCCAGAGCCAGAUCCGCAUGUGCAAACCCCCGGGGGACCGUCUCCGGCAGACAGAAAAUCGUGCCACGCGCUGCAAGGUGGAACGUCUGCAGCUGCUGCUGCAGCAGAAAAGGCUCCGCAGAAAGGCCCGGCGCGACGCCCGGGGCCCAUACCACUGGCCACCCAGCCGCAAGGCCGGCCGCAGCGACAGCAGCAGCAGCGGGGGCAGCAGCAGCCCCAGCGAGGGUGCUGGCUUGGGCCUGGACUUCGAGGACUCCGUUUGGAAGCCAGAAGUCAACCCCGACAUCAAGUCUGAGUUUGUGGUGGCCUAGGAUCGGUUACCCUUGCCCCUCAAACCCCAGCCCAGGGCGGCGGGGGAUGCCAAGAGCCCCGAGCCCCGCCAGGAACAUGGGCCAGCUCUGGAGGGCAGGUGGCCACUCCCCCACCCCCAGCCAGAAGCCUUUCUUUGUUGUUGUUUUUUUAAAUUCUUAACCACGGUUUUCCAAACUCCCCACAGACUUGGCUUCCUACCUCCUUGUCCCCCCCCCCCACGCCCCUCCUCCCCUCACUUCACCCCAGCUCCUGGGCACCUCCUGGGCCCCCCCUGGUCUGUGCACGGGGUCCUCCCGCCCACCUUCCCCAGCUCCAAAUAUGUAGCAGUCCUUCCAGAUGGUUGAGAGCAGGAGACUGAGGAGACCGCCCCCACCCCCUUCCGCUCUGCUCCCCCCCACACCCGAUUCAGGUUUUAAGUCAAAAAUGUAGAUGCCUCAUGAAGCACUUUACAGACAGGGGAGGGGGCCGGGAACAGGAGGACCCAUCCCAUCCCCCACUGCAGACUUCUGGCCUCCACCCCAGGCCAGCAGGACCCCCUGGGCUGCAACAGCAAACUUGCCCACGGCCCUGCCAGUCCCUGCAGCCAAGUUGGGGACUGUUUUCUCUUCCACUUCUAGUCUGUUUUUUUGUUCUGGGCCUCUUUGUCCAUUUUCCUUUUUUUUUUUCUUCUUUAAAAAGGAAAGCAAAGCUGUUUCAGCGGAGAGGCUGGCUGGUGGGGGGCUGCCUUGGGUUUGGGUGGGGGGAUGUGGGACCCUUUCUUGCCAGGAAAGGAGGCUAGGGGGAUGGACCUCCCUCCACCCAGCCCUUGCCCAGCCACCACCACCACCACCGUGCUAUUUCCUCUGCCCCCGCCCCCGUUUUUUUCUGACCUCCUGCUUGUGCUUGGGGUAUUUAUAGACUAUUAAUUUUCUGACUGAGCCAAUAGUGGUUGGGAAUCUCUUCAAAAACUGGGAGAGAAUGGCUGGGGCUGGUGCGACGCCCCCCACCCCGACCCCGGCCUCCUUCCUAAGGGAUGUGGGGCCUCCCCUGCAGCCAGGGCGGGCAGGGGGUGCUGAGCUGUGAAUCCCCUGAGUAGGGGGCAACGCUGUGUAGCAUUAACCCCCUUGUGGGGGGUCCGCUGCUGGUCUAAUUUGGACCCUCCCCACUCAGUGCCCAUGCCCUGGGGGGGGGGUCUUUGGCCCAGGACAGAGGGACAUCAACCUGCUGGGGCCAUUUCAAUGGGGGUAGAGUUUUUAGGUUUUUUUCCCAUUCAUGUUUUAUUUUUUAAAUGAUUAUGGAGACGUUUGGGCCCUGCCCCACCCACCUGUCAGUCUUGUCCUGGCCCCGCCUGUUCCCCCCCCUUGUUCUUGUAGGUGAACCCCAAGUCCUCACGCCCGUUACGUGUUUAAAGUUAAUGGUUUCAGAUGUGAACAUCAUGUGUUAUAACUGUAGCUCUGUAAAUUUUUUUGUGGGGGGGUGGGGAGGGAGGGAUCCCAGAGGGUAGAAGUCCAGCAUUUGGUUUUUUUUUGUUUGUUUUUCCAAAAAAAAAAAAGAAAAGAAAAGAAAAAAAAUGAGAAAAAAGGGGCUGGUUUGUUUUUUUGGAGAACUGUCUGGGAUACCUAUUUAAAUGUGUGUUCUGUUUUGUUUUUUAACGAUUUUUAAAUUACGUCUGUGCCUCCGCGGGUGGAGGGUGGAGGCCCCAGGCGGGAACCGGCCGGCCCCCCUCUGCCCUAUUGGGUACCCCCAAGAAAGCAUUACCCGCCCUCGGGGGUCGGGCUGGGGGGGUCCCCGGCACCUCGCGUGAGUUUCCUGUAUGAAAACAAAAAUCGAAAAAGAAAAACCUACACAAGCACCGUGAUUUCAAGUAAUAAACAGAAAAUGAAACACAA